CUGGAAUUGGGUGGGCCAAUAACAAAGGCGGUGUGCAGAGAACGAGCUUUAAUUAAAUAAUCUAAAUCUCAAGCUCAAAGCUGUUACGCGAACUGGGAAAGAUGUCUUCGAGAGGAGAACCUCCAAUGGCAGAUAUCGUGUUCAAGGUCUCCCCCCAUGGCAGGCCAGUGUUCAACAAACUGGAUUCCGGAAUGGGGACUUCCGAGUCUACCUACAGCGACGAGUCUACUUGGAGGACUCUUGUGAUUCCCGCAAAGUUUAAACGCUUUAAAAAAGUGUUAGAGGGUUGGAGGAUACCUGAUGAUCUGACCCAAGAGGUUCUAGAGAAAAUGCUGAAGAGGUGGUCUGCGCAUGAAGAAGGUCCUAAAAAAAGACGAAGAUAUAAAAAAUGGCUUGCUAGCUUGCCUGCAGGCGGUGUACAGCCUGUUAAACUUGAAAGACUCAAAGCUAAGGGUGCUAAAGAAUAUGAUACCAUCCUCUCUAUGUGCAAUUGGGUUGUUGAUGAGCACCAUAAAUACCUUCCCAAAAAGUGUUGCGAGUUUGCAAGCGUGGAGAGGGUGCGACGUCAAUUUAUUGAAAAUGGUCAUUCGUAUUACCUUGAUUUUUUUGUCAAAGAUCUGGAGGCCGAUGGCAAUCCUUUAGUACCUGUUAAGGCCAUCGUUUAUCGGAGAGUGCCUGAUGAUUUCAAAUUAUGGCAAUGUCAUGGGCUGAAAGCCUGAAAUAAGUUGUUACUGCUUGCAACCUUUUAUUAUUGGAUUUUUGCAUCGUUAAGAAACCAUAUUUUGCUCAAGUGCGAGAAUGUUUGGCACCUAAAAAAUUGCAGUGGAGAUGCAAUCUCCACAAAAAAUGUUUACAAAACCAGGGCUUGCAUAUACAAAACUCAUUCAUUUUAUACCCUUUUUGCCUGAAAGCAACUAUAUAC